CUAGCUCAGUGAUAUUUGCCGGCGCAGCUCCUCGUUCAUCCCUUCCUCCACAUUUGCUUAAUUCACCUCAUGAGUGCUAGGUAGAGUAAUUGGCUGAGUCAGACAGUGAGAAUGAAGAACCAACACAUGACGACUGACACCAGUGGGAAAGAUAUGCUGGUCGAGAAAGCCGACACAACCCCUCUGGAUAUCGGCUCGUCUGUUUCAGGACCUACUGGCCCUCCUCUCAUCGACGACGACAUCACAUACCCGGAAGGAGGAGUUAGGGCGUGGCUGGUGGUGCUCGGAGCGUGGUCGGGAUUAGCUGCAUCCCUUGGAGUAUACAACUCGACUGGGGUGAUCGAAGCGUAUGUGUCGAGAGAGCUGCUGCCCGAUGAAUCCCCUAGCACCAUUGGCUGGAUCUUUGGUGUCUACGCAUUUAUGACCUGGAUCUGUGGAGCUCAAGUUGGUCCAACGUUUGACGCCAAGGGACCGCGUGGGCUGUUGAUCGCCGGGAGUCUCUGCACUCUCGUCGGCGUGUUCGCUCUCAGCUUCAGCACAGAGUACUACCAAUUCAUCCUGGCCUUUUCUGUUCUCGCCGGCGGAGGAGCGUCUCUUCUCAUUACCCCGGCCAUGGGCUCGGUGGCUCAUUGGUUUUUUGAGCGCCGCGGGCUCGCCAGCGGCAUAGCAUUCACAGGGGGCGGGGUUGGCGGUGUACUUUUCCCCCUUAUGAUGCAGUCCCUUCUUCCUCAGGUCGGAUGGGCUUGGUCUAUACGGAUCCUCGGUUUUAUCUUGCUUAUCCUCUGUUCAAUCAGUGUGACAUUUUGCCAAAGCAGGAUUCCACCACGCAACGGACCACAUACCACUUGGCGUGAUACGUUACCUGAUCUGCGCAUAUUUUUGGAUGGAACCGGCGCCAUGUCGAUGACAACCGCAGCCUUGUUCCUCGUUGAUCUCGCGUACUUGGUUCCGAUGACAUACAUUCCGAGUUACUAUUUAGACCGGCAAGGCCUACCGGCUGACAAAACACUAUCAGGUGAUGCUGCGUUUGCAUAUCAGCUUCUCGCCAUCGCUAAUGGGUCGUCUUGUUUCGGUCGCUACGUGGCUGGCGCACUGGCUGAUCAAUUUGGUCGGUACAAUACUUUAAUUGUAUCCCUAUUUUUCUGUCUAGCGUCAGUCGCUGGUUUCUGGCUACCCGAUGCUCUGGCUCCAAACUUCGACAGCAUAGCACUCCUAAUUCUCUUUACCAUCUUGUUUGGGUUUGUGAGUGGUUCCAAUGUUAGCCUGACGCCAAUCUGCCUUGGUCAGUUAUGCGAUAUCCAGGAUUACGGAAAAUACUAUGCAACGUGCUACACGGUUUGUUCUUUGGGGUGUUUGAUUAGUAUCCCCAUUGCUGGAAGCCUUCUGGAUGCUACGGGAAUGAUGGGCAAACAGGGUUAUUGGGGUGCUAUUGCCUAUACUGCUGCUAGUUAUCUCGCCGCUUUCUUGUGCAUCGUGUGGGUAAGAAUACGGGUGAAGGGCUGGGAUUGGAGGGUCAAGUGGUAGGGCUCAAACUCAAGCAGAGGCAUAUUCCGGAGGCUUGCGUGUCUUUUCCUCGACGUCUCCUCAACAUAUAGCUUGGUAAGUGUAAAUAUUGAGUUUGACCUGCAGAAGCGUAACGGCCCGUAUGACUACCCCAGUUUCGUGAAUGUGUGAAUGAAAGGAUUGUGAUCGUUUGGCAGGGUCUGGGUGACGCGAUAUGCAAUGCUACUACU